AUGAAAGCCGAACGAUAAAAUGAGUCUUCAAGCGACCCUUGAAGACAUGCAGUGAAGGUGACUGUUUGAUGCUGAGUGGCAGCUCAUUCCAGAAGGAUGGAGCCAAGACCGAGAAAGCCCGGUCUCCUUUAGAUCUAUACCAAGGGAGGAAUAGUCAGUAGCUCCAGCUCAGCCGAGCGUAGAGAUCAGAAUGGGGUGUGCCGUGAGAAAUAAGUUACCUAAUUUUUAAUCUUAAUCUGGAAACAUUUGUUUUGUUUGUAUGCUGAUGGUGGCACAGGAGUUAAGUGCUCGUCCUGUAAUCAGAAUUUGAGCCCCACUCAGUCUGUCGCUGCGUUGGGUCCUUGCGCAGCGCACUUAACCCACCUUGCCCGUUGGUGGUCUUUGCAGGGACCGGUGGCGCCUGCGUACGGCAGAUUCGCCUCUGCCAACCGUGGCUACAACGUAGCUCAUCCCCACCACAGGGUGUGAAUGUGUGUGUGAAUGUUUCAAUGACUGACUGUGUUGUAAAGCGCCUUUGGGGGUUCCAGGACUCUAGAAAGCCCUAAAUCAAAUACGUUUACCGUUUGAGCCAUGCAGCUGUGAUUUUUCACAAAAAGAUUAGUGCAGCUCAAAAUGCUUUUUACAGAACUUACCCAGCAACAUGCUGCCUUUUGGCCAGGGCUCUGUUGGAAAUGAGGUUUUUAAUCUCAAUGAGACCUUCCUGGUUAAAUAAACUAAUAAAUGAAACAUAAUACCACACUGUACACCAACUCGUGUUCCUUCAGUCUGAAUAAAUCAGCUGAAUCGAUGCUCCUUCCGGGCGUCCUGCCUCUUUCUGCUGUGAAUGAAUGAAGGAUGCGCGUGCACAACACUAUUAGCGCGUGCCGUGGAGGCGCCUAAAAUCCCGCCGUGUCGAGCCCAUUUCUGGCAGUUUAACCAUCUGUGGAGAUAACGGGUUCGGGUUCGGACCGGUGCUCCUUCACGGCCGUCACGUCCCGACCCCCAACCCCCCCCCCUCUCUCUCCUGCGCUUUUCCAGAGACAGCGAGGCUCUGGGGGUAGAGUUACAGAGGGGGAGGGGGUAGAGAGACCUGCAGGAGGAGCAGGAGAGAGACUGGAGUGGGAGCUGGGGGAGGUGAACCAGCACGAGCUAAAGCUAACUAGCCAUGUUGCUGUCACCGCUGCUGCUGCUCCUCCCGCCGCUGUUGGUGUGUGACUGCUAGCGGGCCGCCCUGGACUCCCUAACCGCCCUAAAGUGCAUCAUGCCCGGCUGGAAGAAGAACAUUCCAGCCUGUCUCCAACCGGACCAGGAAGGAGAUGAGGGGCCGUACACCAAACACUCGGCCGGGUCUCGUCCUCCAGACGGAGCGCUGGCCAUUAGGAGGCAGAGUAUUCCAGACGAGUUCCGGGGCGCCACGCUGGUGGAGCUGAUGAAGAAGGAGGGAACGACGCUCGGACUCACGGUUUCCGGUGGGAUCGAUAAAGAUGGGAAACCUCGGGUUUCCAACCUCCGACAGGGAGGCAUCGCUGCCAGGAGCGACCAGCUGAAUGUGGGCGACUACAUUCGCUCGGUCAACGGGAUCAACCUGGCCAAGUUCAGACACGACGAGAUCAUCAGUCUGCUGAAGAACGUCGGGGAGCGGGUGGUCCUGGAGGUGGAAUACGAGCUGCCGCCCGUCUCUGUGCAGGGGUCAGGGGUCGUCUUCAAGAACGUGGAAGUCACUCUUCACAAGGAGGGAAACAGCUUUGGCUUUGUCAUUAGAGGCGGAGCGUACGAGGACAGGAACAAGACCCGCCCCAUCGUCAUAACAACCAUCAGGCCGGGCGGGCCAGCUGACAGAGAAGGAACCGUGAAGCCGGGUGAUCGACUGCUGAGCAUCGAUGGGAUUCGUCUCCAUGGCAGCACGCUGUCUGAGGCCAUGAGCAUCCUGAAGCAGUGCGGCCAGGAGGCCACGCUGCUGAUCGAGUAUGACGUGUCCGUGAUGGACUCGGUUGCUACGGCGUCGGGGCCCCUGCUGGUUGAGGUUGCCAAGCCAACGGGUUCCAGUCUGGGUGUGGCCUUGUCCACCUCCGUGUUCUGCAGUAAGCAGGUCAUCGUCAUCGACAAAGUCAAACCAGCCAGUAUAGCGGACAGGUGCGGCGCUCUUCAUGCAGGAGACCACAUCCUGUCUGUCGACGGGAAGUCCAUGGAAUUCUGUUCCCUGGCUGAAGCCACUCAGCUGCUCUCCGCUUCCUGUCAGACCGUCCGUAUGGAGAUCCUGCCUCAGCACCAGGCCCGGCCGGCCCUGAAUGCACCACAGCACGUCAAGGUGCAACGUAGUCCCCGCCCCCUCCCCUGGGAAACCGGAGGCUCCACCCCCAUCCUCCCCCCCUACCACUACAACACCUAUCACCCCGACCAGUCAGGUGGCAGAUCGCACAGCCGCCAUACAAACAACCCUCCCCUUAGCCACUCGUUCUCUCCCGGCUCCAUGUCUGCCUACAGUCUCUCGUCCCUCAACAUGAGCACCCUGCCCAGGAACAUGUAUCCCACAAGUCCACGCAGCACGAUGAUGAGGAGGAAGGCUAAGAAGAAGGAGUUCAAGAGCUCCUUAUCUCUGGCGUCCAGCACCGUGGGCCUCGCCGGUCAGGUGGUCCACACAGAAACCACCGAGGUGAUGUUGCUAGGAGACGGCAUCAUGGGGUUCGGCCUGCAGCUCCAGGGUGGAGUGUUUGCCACAGAAACGCUGUCAUCCCCGCCGCUCAUCGCCUACAUUGACCCGGACAGUCCUGCUGAGAGGUGUGGGAUUCUUCAGAUUGGCGACAGGAUUCUGUCCAUCAACGGCGUCCCGACCGAAGACUCGACCCUGGAGGAGACCAACCAGCUGCUCCGGGAUUCGUCCAUCACCGCUCAGCUCACGCUGGAGAUCGAGUUUGACGUGGCGGAGUCAGUUAUCCCGAGUUCAGGAACGUUCCACGUAAAGCUCCCAAAGAAACCAGGCGUGGAGCUGGGAAUCACCAUCAGUUCUCCGUCCAACAGGAAACCAGGCGAUCCUCUGAUCAUCUCAGACAUCAAGAAAGGCAGCGUAGCUCACAGGACGGGAACUCUGGAGCUCGGAGACAAGCUGCUGGCCAUCGAUAACAUCCGGGUGGAAAACUGCUCCAUGGAGGAAGCUGUUCAGAUCCUCCAUCAGUGUGAGGAACUCGUCAAACUGAAGAUCCGCAAAGACGAAGACAACUCAGAUGAACAGGAAGUGUCUGGAAGCAUCAUCUACACAGUGGAGCUGCAGAGGUAUGGAGGCCCUUUAGGAAUCACCAUCUCAGGGACCGAGGAGCCCUUCGACCCCAUCAUCAUCUCCUCGCUGAGCAAAGGGGGGCUGGCUGAGAGGACGGGGGCCAUUCACGUGGGAGAUCGUAUUCUGGCCAUCAACAGCAGCAGCCUGAAAGGGAAACCUCUGAGUGAAGCCAUCAGUCUGCUGCAGCAGGCCGGGGAAACGGUUACACUGAAGAUCAAAAAGCAGGGUGAAUUGUCCAGCCCAAAGUCCUGUGUGAUUGGUUCAGGCCUGGGGUCAGGGGUGGGGCUUAACCAGGAGAACCAGGAUGGGGACGAAGAGCCUGUCAUCAUAGUAGCACCUCCAACCAACCAGAGAGUGUUCAGCACGCUGCCAUCUGUGGACAGCGCCGUGGAGUCCUGGGACGGGUCCAACAUGGACAGCAGCUUCACCACCUCAGCUCCGCCUUUCCAGUCGUCUCCAUACAGUUUUCAUGACUGGCGCAACCCGAAGACAACCAACAGCCAACCAAACUCCAGUCGGCAGAGAACCAAUCCGCUGUCAGAUCUGGGUCUGAGUGAUGAUGACUGGGACCGCCCACCAAUUGGAGGGUUCACUGUGGGCCAUGACGGCACAGAACCGGACCAGGAGGAGAACUUCUGGUCCCAGGCCCUGGAAGAUUUAGAAACCUGUGGUCAGAGCGGAAUCCUGCGGGAGCUGGAGGCAACCAUCAUGUCAGGCUCCACCCUUAGUCUGAACCACGACCCCACCCCUCUGCGUAGCACACUUGGUCGUCAGGCGAGCUUCCAGGAGCGCAGCAACUCCAAACCGCAGGUAAACCCUCGCUCCAACACCUUGCCCUCUGACCCUCAACGUAGAGCCUUCGCCAUGAAAAAGAUGAGGCAGGAAGUCAACGACAUCCUAAACCAGAACCCUGUGGAACUCCAUAAGCUGGCUUUGGAAAAGGCCUCGGACCUGGAGGAUUUUGGUUUCAGUGUUUCUGACGGCUUGCUGGAUCGUGGCGUUUACGUUAACGACAUCCGCGCCGGCGGCCCAGCGGAGCGGGGGGGCCUCCGUGCCUACGACCGACUUCUGCAGAUCAACCACGUGAGAACCAGGGACUUUGACUGCUGCCUUGUCGUUCCUCUCAUUGCUGAAUCUCCGAACCGCUUGGAGCUGGUCAUCAGCCGAAACCCAUCGUCCUCCUCCUCCUUCCCGCUGACCAAUCACAACGAUGGCGCCACCAACAACAGCCACUCCCCUCAGCCAAUCAACAGUGAGGUUGGCUUGUCGGAGAUCUCUCUGGACCCGGUGGAAGAUGGUGGUCCAAUCAAGUGGAGCCAACCAGGAGACAGCUUGGGGGCGGGGCUUGGGAUGGGGCAGGUUACUAAUAAUUCAUUAUAGCAGAUAAGAACAGGAUCAAACUGGUUCUGACCAGACUGGAAUGGACAUAACACUGGUUUAGGACUUGGUGAACUAGGUCAAAGCCUCCCAUGGUGCUACACACACCCUCUGGAUGGAAUCUGACCUUUGACCUCUUCAGUUGGCUCUUUGAACUGCUAAAGCAGCCUGAAAGCACAUUGGACCAGAACUUCUCACACCUCCACCUGAACCAGUUCUACAUGAUGGUGUCUCUAGAGCCAGGAUCAAAGGUACUGGUCCUACUGGGACCACAGCUGGACUCGCUGGCACAACCAGUCCAGCACCAUGGCUACUGGUCCCACAAGUAAUGCUUUUAUGGUUCUGGGACGUGGUUACUGGUUCUAGAAGCUUAGAACCACCUAGAGCCCAGUGGUCUCACUGGUCAAAGACUCGUGGGUUCUGGUCUUGGUGGUAGCUGGACCCUGUUCCACCAAAACCAGAGUCACAACCACUAGUCUCAGGUGUGGUUCUAGUUCAUGGUCUCAGGGUUACAGAACCACAGCUAAGGGCCUGACUGGUCCAAGACACGCAGGUAGGUGGUGCAAUCACCGGUUCUGGUUCUACUAAACCCUGAACCAUACAAAAUGGUCCCACUGUUCCAGUCAGGGAACCGUGGCUCCUAGAGCAGAGAUGAGGCCAGUGCUACCAAGAACCCAGGUUCCGAGUUCCAGAACACAAACUUCCACAGCACAAGAACCGAUGGGACUCGAGUCCAAAACUCCAGAACCUGAAAAGGACAGAAGGGUUGCCGAGGAGAUUAGGGAUGCUCCAACCUGAGUGUGUGAGCUGAUGUUGAUCAGAUCACCAGAACCGAAGCUGCUCCCAUGAGUUUAAUUACAGUCCGACCGGAACCGCGGGUCCAAAACUGGAUGUUGUUUCUCAAAAUUAAAAAUUAAAAAUCGGUUUUAGGUGAAUAAAUAACUUUAAUGUAAAUAUUAAGAUGUUUAUUUGAAAUGAUUCUAUUGCAGAGGUAAUAUUAAACCUCAGAGCACCUUGAUCUAAGCUCCGCCCCCAAAUCAGACCCAGAGGGGGUCCAGGGUUCAGACCAACGAUGUGAGCAAGUCACAGUCGGGUUUCCUUUAAGGAGAGGCUCGACGUCUGUGACUCGCUUGGACGCGUUAUCAUGAACUCCAUCGUCGGUCAGGCUGUACCGUGUUAGUUAGAUCAGCUGUUCCCUUUCCAUAAACGAAACCGUCAGCAAGGUAAAGAGGAUCCUCGUCUGUGUUUAAUAAAGAACCAAACAUGGAAUUAGAAGACAAACACAACAGGAACGUACAAAAGAUGUUCCCUUGAUGGUGAAUGGAGAGAAAUGCAGCAGGAUGAAACUACUUUAUGAAAUGGUAUAAAAUCAUAUUUACUGACAUGUUCUUGAGACAUUUCAGUAAAUGAAGUUUUAACUGAAGCCCCUCAGUUCCCCAAAGAACUUCUAAAGCUUUAUUAUAAAACAUUUAGUUGGUUUCGAGUCGUUCUAAGUAAACAUUUACAGUUUAACAGAUGUUUUAACCAAAGCUUGUAAAACUCUGCUGGUGAAGUUUGACUUUAAUCAGCUGAUUCUGAUCGGAGCAUCCCUAAAACACACGGAGAGGGACGAGUUACUCUUAGGAUUUUAGUUCUGUGCCAAAAAUGAGCUGCUGACUGGUGGUGACGACGAUGAAGGUGGGAAUGAUGAUGAGGAUGAUGAUGAUGGUAGUGAUGAUGGUGGUGGUGGUAGUGAUGAUGAUGAUGGUGGUGGUGGUGGUGGUGAUGAUGAUGGUGAUGAUGGUGAUGAUGAUGGUGAUGGUGGUGGUGAUGAUGAUGAUGAUGAUGGUAGUGAUGAUGAUGAUGGUAGUGGUGAUGACGAUGAUGAUGAUGAAGGUGGUGGUGGUGGUGAUGACGAUGAUGAUGAUGGUAGUGAAGGUGGUGGUGGUGGUGAUGAUGAUGAUGAUGGUAGUGAUGAUGAUGGUGGUGGUGAUGAUGAUGAUGGUAGUGAUGAUGAUGGUGGUGGUGAUGAUGAUGGUGAUGAUGGUGGUGGUGGUGGUGAUGACGAUGAUGAAGGUGGUGGUGGUGGUGAUGAUGGUGAUGUCGAUGGUAGUGAGGAUGGUGGCAGUGAUGAUGAUGAUGGUGGAGAUGAUGAAGAUGGUGGUGGUUAGGAUGGUGAUGGUGGUGAUGAGGAUGAUGAUUUUAUGGUAAUGAAGAUGAUUAUGAUGGUGAUGAUGGUAGUGGGGAUGGUGGGGAUGUUGGUGGUGGUGGUAGUGAUGAUGAUGAUGAUGAUGGUGGUGGUGGUGAUGACGAUGAUGGUGAUGAUGAUAAUGGUGGUAAUGAUGAUGGUGAUGAUGUUGACGAUGGUUGUGGUUAUGAAGAUGAUGGUGGUGGUGGUGGUGAUGGUGAUGGUGGUGAUGAUGACGAUACGAUGGUGGUGACACUGAGCAGUUCUAUAAUAAUUUUUUCCACAGUUUACAGCAGUUAGACUGGCCACACUGUGUAUGUGUGUGUGCGUGCGUGUGUGUGAGUGUGUGUUAGUUACACACAAGGCCAGUUAUUUCUAACCCUCUUGGCUUUUUACCGCCAUCUUUCCCACUCUUGACCAAAUAGCAGCCAGAAAGGCAAAUAGCGGCAGUUUAGCUGAUUGGCUGGAACCAAUCAGGAAACAGCCAGUUCCCCGCCUGUCUGUGAUUGGUUAUUUUAUGUGUUGAGGAGAUCCAAUCAGCUCCUAGAAAAGAGGCCAAGCAUGUCCCCUCCCCCUCCUUGCCCCAGUAACAGUGAUCUAUUAUUCUACUCGAUAGGUGUGAUUUUGAUUGACUGUUGUCAGUUCUGUUUGUUUGUUUCCGUGGCGACCAAACCUGAAAAAAUGUACAAUAGAUAAAAAAAUAAAAAAACAUUGUUUAUGUCGCUGUUUACAUCAGAAGAACCAUCAAACCCAGAGACCUUCACCUCAGGAUCACAAGAACGAUGUGACACCAGAAAAGAAACCUGUGGAAACAGGAAGUUGUGACGGUAAACACAUCCUGUGAGUGUGUGUGUGUGUGUGUGUGUGUGUGUGUGUGUGUGAGAGAGAGAAUGAUCGUUUCAUUUGGAUGUCAACAUCUUGCUCUUCUCAGCCUGAACUCACUAUUUAAACUGGCCAAUCAGAGCCCUUCCUCAGCAGCACCAUAAGAACCCUCCCUGAGACAAAAAAGCAACUACUUUUCUAAUGGUGUUGUUUUGGGGUUUAAGCACAUUGGUAACUUAUGGUUAGCAAUAGCCAUAACACAAUGCUAAACAUGUAGCACAAGGCUAAUCAGAAUGAUGUUUAUGUGUGGUUAGCACACGGCUAACAUGGCUAACCCAGUACAGCCAGUUUCUGGUUAGAAAAGACCUCGCACAAGGUUACAACAGGGCUAAUAUCUGUUAAUGUAGCUUUUACAUUUUGUGAGGUGUUAACACUUGAUUAACAUGGCUGUAAAUUAGCAUGAGGCUAGCACAGGAAGUAGUGUGAGAGGUUUAAGUCAAGGAACGUUCCUUAUUCAGAUCGCUGAAUGACUUCUUCGUUAAAGUCGAUGAUUUUUUGUUUGCUAGCUACCAGCUAACAUCAACCAUGGUCCAAAACACCACGACGGAGUUGUUUCUACUCUAAGGGCACACCUUAAAAAAAACAUCCUAUCUAAAUCAGAACAUUGUGUCCUUGACUCUUAGAAGCAAUAAUGAACUCACUCACAUACACACACACACACACCCAGUGAGCUGCUAAAACACCGUGUGUUUGUGAACGUGCCCGGUCUCACAGCCAAAAGCUACAAAAUAAACCCCCAAGUUGGAACACUUACAUUUUUAAAUGUAAAGAUCUGACAUGAACACUAAUCUUUUCAUCUCACUGAAGUUGGCGACCUUUUGAAGAGAGUUUUUAGUUUUGGCUCUUCAGACUCGCCAAGAUCCAGAUGGUCUGUAAAUCCAUACGCACACUGUAACUAAUCAAACUGCAGUUAGCAUAAGCCCGAGUUUGUUAUCUGAUGUUGAUUCAACCAGUUUUACAUAAACAUGUCAGAAACACUAAAUAGCUUGUGCCAAGUUGACAACCAGUGCUGGAAAAACCACUUGCAUAGAGAAGUCUUGAUGGUUGAAGUUUAGGAAUCGGGGAUAUUUUGAACCUGCGCUGUAGACCAGGUCCCGAUCACAUGGUUUAACCUGAUCGUUCUUAAACCAGGACUAACCAGGACAACGUUAAAUAACCAACCCAUCAGUAAGAGAGCCUGGAGAAAGAAAGCAUCAGCUAACGAUUUGAUUGGCACUGGUGGCAUUUCAGCACUCAGUCAACACAAACUGCUCGACCAGUAGGAACACACAGAGCUGUGGGGCGUGGCUUCAUGAGGGUUUGAUGAGUGAGAUCUAAAGCCAUACACACUGUGCUUGUGUGUGUGUUAGAGUGUGCACUUGUAAGUGUGUGUUAAUGUGUGUGUAACAUCGCAGGGCUUGACUCUCCUUGGCCGCGUGUGUGCACACACAUUUACAUGUGCACUGCACUGCCAUUUGAAAUAGUGGGUCAGAUUAGUUUCCAUGUAGCUUCACCAACCAAACGGUAUUUUUUCUUUAAAGGAACAGGAUGUUGUAAAGUAUUUUUGUACAAAUUUAAUACUUUGGUAGCAUGACGUUCCUGAUGUUUGUCCUGAGCAACAAUAAAGAUGAAAAUUUAUUGAGAA